AUGGAAGAGGGUAAUGAGGAAGACAAUGGUAACAUUGGGAAUAGUGACCAAAGUGAUUGUAAACGUGUAAGCGAUUGUGAACAUGAAUGUGAAAAUUCCAAAUUUCUAGAGAAAAAUAAGUUGGUAACCCAACAUAAAAUUAGGUCAGCGGAAAAAAGAAAAAAAUCGGAGAACAGUGAAGAGAGUUUUACAACAGUUACAAGGAGAAAACCGAAAUGUCGUAUUAGGAGUGAUUUAACAAAAAGUGCAGACAAUAAUCAACUCAUUGACGCAUUGUCAACGCCGUUAGAAAUGCAACGCUUAGAAGAAUAUUAUGUAGUUUGUGUUACAUCUUUACAAUGCCUUCCUAAACAAAUAGGUUUGGCCAAACUACUUAAGUCAGAAAAUAUUAUUAACGUUAUGAAAAUUCGGUAUAAAAGCCCGUAUAAGGUUUUGGUUCAAUUCCAGAAGUUAGAAGAUGCUUAUCAGCUAAUAAACUGUAAAAAGAUUUUAGAUUUGGGUUAUCAUUGUCGUAUUGUGAAUGAGACACACUUAUCUUUUGGAGUUGUAAAAGGAAUUGAUAUAGGAAUUGAAGAACAAGAAAUUUUAGAAAAUUUGUCCUCAUCAUGUGAAAUUUCGUCUGUGAAAAGACUCAAGCGCUUAGAUAUAAAUGGUAAGUAG